AUGAGUCCUGCUCUGGUGCUGUUGGUCUCCUCUCUGCUGGUCUCAGUGGCCUCUCAGUCUCAGGACCACCACGACAUGGGCUGGGUCAACGGGUUUCGGCAGAGCUUCAACUUCCAGUGUCCCCACGGAGAGGUGCUGGUGGCCCUCAGGAGCUUCUACAGCGAGGCCGAUGGGAUGGACCGGCUGUGGUCCUUCGAGUGCCAGGCGACCCCCGAGGGCCUGGGGGAGCCCAGUGACUGCUGGUGGGACGACAUCAACCGAGGGGGCAUGGAGUGGACUUCCACAUGCACUCGUAACGGGCUGGUGGCCGGCGUACAAAGCAAGUACUUUGAAUCCGUUCUGGACCGAGAGUGGCAGUUCUACUGCUGCUACUACAAGCGCCGCUGCCCCUACUCCUGCAUGAAGACCAGUGACGUCCCUGAGCAGUACAGAGAGGAGGGCGAGAUGGUGGUCCCCAGUUAUGGAUUCUUCAUCCGAGGAGCCGAGUCCACCUUCAGUGGAGUGCUGAGGGAUCGGCAGUGGAAGUACAUCCUGUGCAGAAUGACAGACUUUGACUGCGAAUUUGAGAAUUUAUAGAACUUUCCCCUCACUAUAUAAAAGCACAAUAUUUACUCUUACAUUUAAACAAAAAACAUAAUACUGACAUUAUGCAUAACUGAUAUGAUUCACAUUUUCAUUCAUGGUUUACUUUUGUUAAAUGCAUCGCCCACACACCCUGUAUCCUCAUGUUUUUAAGUCUGGCAUGCACACAUCACUGCUCACAUACUAGUUAAAUGUCUAGAGACAAACAAAGGAAUUAUGUCGCACCAAAACCCGAAACUCCAAUAUAAAUUGUGAUCCAGUCCAUUUUUAACCUAGAUUUGAAGCCGUUUUGUAUUUACAAUUGCUGUUUUAAAAAAAGAUGGAUUGGACAAAAAUAAUCAUGUCAAUGACAGACUUAAAGGUCCCGUGUCAUGGCCAUUUCCACUGAUCAUAUUUCCAGUGUUGAGGUCUACUAG